AUGGCACAUGUGGCAACCCGGCGGGCUCCUAAUUGCUUCAAUUUCCUCCGCCAGAUGGAGGUGCUAACAAAAGCUGGUGACGCAGGCAGCAACUUCAAGGCCACUGCUGUUGCACGGGCCUUCAACAUAGGACGGGCAGAGUCUACCGCAGUGAGUCAUCUCAUUGAGAGGAUCUCCAAGCCAGUGGUCGCAGAGCUGAAGGAGGCCAGUCGAUGCCGCGGGAUGCGGCAAUGGCUGACCCAUGAAGUGAUCGCCAAGGAGGCCUUCAAUACGAGUUGGUCAUCAGGGACGGGCGCUUUCGCUGCUUGGUCGGUUGAACUGACGAAUGAUGCCGACGACUGUUUGGUGAAAAUGUUCAUCGAACGACUGAAGAAAGAUUGGGACCGACUUCCUCCUGGCCUAAAGAAACCAUGGGUGUUCAAAGAUGCUCUCCAAGUCCACGCAUCAUGCGGGGGCUUCAUCACAAUCUUGGAGACUUUGCGGAAAAACAUCCCGAAGGCUGACUAUGACACAGCUGUCACCACAUUGCAGGAACAAUUCAGUUUGGGCUACUUGGACCCAGAUAUUGUAGCGUUCCUGGAAAACGGCGUCCCUCCUGUCCAGCUGGCGGAGGUCAAUUUUGUGAGGAACAUCGUGACCUCUGUGGAGCAGCGGAAGCAGAACGAAAUGCACGAGAAGGAGCGGGAGUUGGCGGAACGUGUGGCGGCUGCUACAGUGGAACAGAUCCGCCACAAGUUCAACCAAGAUGUCGACACAUUGAAAGCAAGAACCCAAUGCCGCGAUGAGCUCGCGUUGGAAGCUGCGAAAGAUGCCAAGUAUCUUGCUCAACGGCAAUCGAAUCUUAGCGUGUUCGUGAUGGCGAGCCUGGAUUGCUGUGUAUGGCCUUCUAAUAGCGCCUACCUCGAGAACUGCUUGCAAACAUUCCGCUCAAUCCUGGCAAUGUCAUCUCAGAAUGCUGGGCACUUGCAAUUACCGCUAGCUCAGCAGCAGACUGCCAACACUGCGGUGUUGAAACACCGAAACCGUUUGCAGUACUUCAUGCUUGAGGCCAAGCUUGACCCAACGAUGGAGGUGGCGUUGAUCUUUGACAGAUCCAAUGUGACGACUGAGAAAGAUAAAAGGAAGUCAACGCAUCCAUGCCACUUUGUGACGGCAGAGGCUCACACAUCUAAUGCGUGGCGCAGCAGUGCAGUUCCGGAAUCUGGCACGAUUGGACCGUGCCCCCUGAUUCGCUGCACGGACAUGUUUGGGUAUGACCCGGAUUGCAGGCCAGGGCCAGCAGCAAGAACUGAGCAGUUUCUUGGCGUGCCAGCGCACUUGCAAAUUGUGCAGAACUACCUGCGCGGGAUGGCGUUUGGGGACAAGGAUGUGGUGGUAUGGGUGGACAUCUUGCCGAACAGGUACUGCGAGUUCGGCCGUGCUGUGUUGGGGCGCCUAUUGGAUUCCAAUGCAGGCCGCCCACCUGUCUUCUACUAUGGCUGCUUGCGUGACGAUCAAAAAGAUGUCAAGGAGGCAUUGGAGGACCUCGUGUACAACUUCUGGGACCAGUCGGAUGCUGCGCCGCCCAAAUCAAGGCCAGUGGAGACAGUGGCUGACCCAGAUCUGGUGCUGCUGAGCUGGUCCAACGGUCAACCAGCCUUUCCAGAACAAUUGCUCAGCAAAUUUUCUGAAGGAUCAGCGGGGCACAAAAGCAUCCACGACAUGCAGAAGGAGCUUCUCACCAUGUUCCCCAAUGCACAGGUCCAGGGCUCCCCAGGAACAGGAAGAGGCGGGAACCCACGAGCGACGGGCAGGCCUGACUACACUAUCGACGGCGGAGGGAGGCCCUUGGACUUUACCCGAGCACUGGACAAGACCAUUACUCCCAAGAGCUCCUUCAGUGCGGAGAGGAAGGUGUAUGUGGCAGCUGCCAAAGGAAAACCGUCUUUGGUGCUUGACACCAACUACGCUCUGUGGGUUGGCAAUGAGACGGACGAGGAGACGACUUUUGCACCCUCUGAGAUUGCUGGCUUCAACCUUGGAACGUUUGAGGAGAAGGUGGUUUCAGGCAUGGGUGAGAAGGAGCUCUCAGGCAUCCCUUUUCGGUUUCCCAGCGAUCUUUGCCUUGUCUGCUACGAGAAGAAAUUGAUGUCUCUGGCCGACUUUGCUCAUCAGAUUUGCACAGUGCACGGAGUAGCUGAUUUUGAGCUUGCUUGCCACCAGAUCUCUCAAAAGAUGUACCCAGUGACAAGGUUGCAACAAGUCCUUUCAGGCUAA